ACAGCAGUGCAUUGUGGGUGAUUCUGAGUUCAGAGGUCAUGAGGAGGCCACCGAGCUGAUCAUGUGAACAUGACCAGGUAACGGCAAUAUGGACGCCUUCUUUGAGAGAUUCGCCUCCAUAGAGCCGGGGGUGACUGAGGAGCCUCCAGGGAACAUGACGGAGCAGUGUUACAACGCUCGUUCACACAGCACAGUCCUCCAGGGUCUGCCGUUCGGAGGAGUCCCCACCGUCCUCGCCAUCAACUUUCUUGCCUGGCUGGUGUUGCUGCUGGUGUUCUCAUGCUUGCGGAAGGCGGCCUGGGACUACGGACGUCUCGCUCUACUCAUAGACAAUGACAGGUGAGAUGUACGCUCCUCG